UGGCUCACGGCCGCUACUCUGGGAAGGAUCCAACAUUGCUGCGACUACUCUAGACAACCCUCAGACCACCUGAAGGCAUGGCCAGCAAGGGCUUGCAGGAUCUGAAGCAACAGGUGGAGGAGACGGCCCAGGAAGCGGUGACAACAGCGGGAGCAAAAGUUCAGCAAGUGGUGAAUCAAGCCACAGACGCCGGACAGAAAGCCAUGGACCAGCUGACCAGCUCCACCCAGGAAACCAUCGACAAGACUGUUAAGCAGGCCUCUGACACCUACUCAGGUUUUGGGAAAAAAUUAGGCCUUAUGAAAUGACAAGAGGGAGGUAGAGUGACGUCCCUGCAAGGGACUAUGCAGCUCGGCCUGGCCUAAAACUCUGUUCCGCAAGCCUCCUUGGUCUGCCCUCAUAUUAAAAUUCAUGUUCCA